AUAACUUUAAUAUGAUUAAUAAAAGUAAGGACAUUUGAACAAAACGCAUGCAUUACUUUAAAUCUUGCUUUUCACUAUUACAUAUUCGAAAUCAGAGAUAAGAAACCAGAGUAGACAUUUUGCUUGCUAAUAAUAAAGUAACGAAGUAGCUAUUCGUACCGGGUACCAGAAGUGAGAGGUUAGGAUUUUAAAAAAAAAUAUUAAAACUUUUUUUUGUUGGUUUUGUUAGACAAAAUGAGAUAUCAUUUGAAAGAUAAUUGAAUGGACUAUAUGUUUGAAAACUUAAUUGUCCAGUUUAACUAAAAUAAACUACCACAAAAUGACAUCCGAAUAGCACUGUGUCAAAAUGAACCCAGACACACAGUAACAACUUCCGCACACGGGUACAAUUAGAAUCAAGCUAUUCGGAUGUCAUUUGUGGUCGUUUUAUUGUACAUUGCAUCUCAAAAUGGUGACACCAAGACAGUUGAAAUGUAAAGUGACAUAGGAGUUGACGUAAACAUGAAAAAAGAUGAUUAUUUUGUGUUAUAUAUGGCAUCCGCGGAAGGAAAAACUGAGACACCCGAGAUUUUAAUAAAAAAAUGGCUGACAUCAAAAUGAGGACAAAGAAAGGGUUUUUUCCUUUAUAUAUCGCAUGUGAAAAGGGACAUCUCGAGACGGCUGAAAUUUUAAUAAAAAAUAGAGCUGAUACAAACAUUUGUAACAGCGUUGGUAAUUUUCCCUUAUUCGUCGCAUCUCAGAAUUGUCAUAUAGAGAUAGUGGCAAUGUUAACUGGCAAAGACGCUGAAAUAAAUAUGAGGAUGACUGAUGAUUGUUCCCCACUAUAUAUUGCAUCUCAGAAAGGAUAUGUAAGACAGUUGAAAAGCUAAUUGAAAAAGGCACUGAGAUAAAAAUGAGGACAAGCGAUGGUAGCACUGCCUUAUACAUUGCAUCGUUUGAAGGAAACACUAAGAUAGUGGCAAUGUUAAUUGAAAACGGUGCUGCUAUAAACAUUAUGACUAAAGAUGAUAGUUUCCCUUUAUAUAUUGCGUCUCAGCAUGGACAAACCAAGACAGGCGGAAAAUUAAUUUAAAAAGGGUCCGAAAUAAAAAUGAAAACCUGUGAUGGUGGCCAUGCUUUACACAUUUCAAAUUUCGAAGGAAAGACUGAGACAGUAACCCUGCUAAUUGAAAGAGAGGCAAACAUAAAGAUGAGGAAUAAUUAUUUUAGCAGUGAGUUAGAUCUCGCAUAUCAGAAUGGUCACAAGGAGACAGCCGCAUUGUUACUUGAAAAAGGUGUCAAAAGAAAAAUGCUAAUAAAUUAAUCAGGGUAGACUUUUACAGCUGCUGGAUAUUAUUUAUAAGAAACAGACAAAUGUAAUAAUUUUAGUUGUUUAUAUUUGUGAACCGUACAAUCUCAAUUACGACCAAGACUUUGACAUUAUUACAUUUUUUUAAAGGAGUGGGAUGUCUAAAAACUAACAAUAACGAUUGAUCUUGAUUUGCUUUAAAACACUCCAAAAAUGAUGUCCUGUUUAAAACUAAAAUUAGCUUAUGUUAUCUCAGUUUUGAUCAUUAUGGAUUUAAUGUGUCUCUCUUUUAUAAAUGAUACACUUACAUAGCACUAUGAAGAGGGAACCAAUAUAAAGAAAACCGUAUUGUGCUAGGAUCGAACUUUUGCAUCUUAAAAGUCAUUAUCUUUAGAUAGUUUCCUAAGUCCUUAAUCCAGUCAUAUAUUUAAGAUACAUGACAGAAUGUCCAUUUAAAAAGCUAUAUGUCGAUCUAAAUGUUGGAUCAAAUUAAACCGACGUCAAUGAGCAAUGAGUUUAUCAUCCUGUACAACAUUCGAUUUAAGCAAUCGUUCGCAUUAAAUGACUGAGACAUGCAUUUUUUUGGAGAAAAAACAACAACUCGACAAUAGGUAGAAACACCGAAACACACUCUGCUACCCCUAAGUCAAAGGCAACCAGACAGUCGUGCUUUUUUAUUCCAAAUUCUAUUACGUAUUGAAGUGUAUAUUUCCAGUGGCAAAACUUUUAGAUGUAAAGUUCACUAAUAGCUUGAUAAUAGUAUCAUUUUUUAUUCUAAAAAUUGAGACAAUACUCUCCAAACUUUCCAACGACAUUCAUAAAUUCUAAAGGGUACAAAAAGCCACGAAAAAUUAUGAAUAUUAUUUUCUAGCUUGUGGCAGCACACCUUCAGGCUUCGCUUUUUUUAUUCUAUUAGUAUUAAUUUUUUUGUAAUGUAUUUACUUUAAAUGAACAAUUGUUCUUGACUUUACAUAUGUUACAUGUAAUAGC